AUGCGGACGCGCAUCUGGGAAGACACGGCUGCUAUGAGUGUGGUGAGCGUGUUAGGUUUCAUUAUGAAUGACGAGGGCGAGGUCGUGGGCUCGGAGCGUACGCAGGUUCUUUGUAAACUCAUGUCAUCCAUUCACACUCUGUCGCAUCGCGCGAUUCUAGCGCUGCUAAUCGCACAGCUCGGCGACGCCGACGCCCAAGUGUUUUACGCGGAAGGAGGGUUAAAAGUGCUGAAUGCGUGGCUUGUGGACGGUGUCACUCGACGUGAAGCGGGAUUAUCAAAGGAAAAGAAGCGAAUUGAAAUGUUUUCUCAAGUGCGGGCGUUGUUACGAAUUUUAGAUGUGAAUGUGCAAACAGAUGCACAGAGGAAGCAAAACUCGUACAUUACAGGAACGUUUGCUAUGGUCAUUGAGCUGCUGGAUAAGGCUGGGCCAGACUAUGCGGCUGAAUGGAGUCGAUUAAAUCUUUAUCGCCGUCAAUUUGAAAGUUGCUGUGGUGUGUCCUCUACUGUCAAGGAUGGGCGUGGUGAAUCUCGGCGAGCCGCCAAUAGCUACUCAAAUGGCAAUGGCUCUCGCAACGGCAGUUCUUUGGGUGAAAAAUCGACACAGCAUUCUUCAAUGUCUUCAUCAAUGUCUACUGCGACUGCGACAAGCGCAUCAGUAUCGCGGAAGUCGAGCAUCUCAGGGGUAUCUGCUGGGGCCACAUUCACUACAACUUCGUCCAGCACGAGCACAGCCAGUCAACGAAUCGCGCCUGCCUCUGUUCUGCAGUACCAACCGAAGUCAUUUCUGCAAAAAGAUGGAGGCUCCAGCCUGGAUCAGGAUGAUCUCGAGGAAUAUGUGGAAAACGAUGAAGGAGAAACGACCCUAGCUGAUGAAAAUGUGAUUACUAAUGUAAACCAGACCGCAUUAAGUGCAUCUUUGGAACAGAAAAUCCGGGGGAAUGGACACAAUAUGGAGUAUGGGGAGCGUUCGCCAUGCCGGAAAUGCAAACGCAUGGUUUCUAAGCGAUGCACACACUGUGAGUUCUGUGCAAAAUGCGGACAGAAGGACAAAUGUGAGCCGAUUAGCGUGAACUCGGCAGCAUCAUUGUCAAGUGGAAAUGACGACGGUAGGACGAUAGCAGGAAAUGGUGCGGGUGCUAAAUCGCUCUCGGUGAAGGACCGCAAUGUACAGGUGCUUGGCUCUGUAAUGGAUGCGGCUAUCUAUCAUGCUUUUCGCCAGGAAGAUUUCCAUUCUGUAUUCAGUCUUGUCCAGAAUGGCAUGGACGUGAAUUUUCAGCGAAUUGAGUCGGAUCACUCGUCAGCUUUAAUGGCAGCUGCGCAUCACGGUCGAGAUGAUGUUGCGAGCAAACUGCUGAGCUUGGGUGCAAACCCGUGCCUUGAAGACCAUACAGGAAACAAGGCGUGGAACUUUGCUGAGCGACGUGGCCACACGGAGCUAAUGGAGAAACUGAAAAAGUGCUGCCAAGAGUGGGAACAAAAGCACAAGGACGCUGAUGCUGCAAAAGAACCCUAG